AUGGCUCACAUAAAACAGUUUCAACACCUUAAAAUACAAUUAGAAACCAUAAAAUCAGCAACCAACAACUUUUCUGAUGACAAUUGCAUCGGCAGAGGAGGAUUUGGGAAAGUUUAUAAAGGAGAACUCGACGGCCAGAAGAUGGUUGCCGUGAAGCGUCUGGAUCGAUCAUUUGGUCAAGGAAAAACUGAGUUCUGGAAAGAGAUUAUGAUGCUUUCCUUGUAUAGACAUGAAAACAUUGUGUCUCUUAUAGGGUAUUCUGACGAUUGCCGUGAAAAAAUCCUUGUAUACGAGUACGCGUCUAUGAAAAGUCUUGACUUGUAUCUCAACAAUGAUGAUCUAACAUGGGUCCUACGCCUUCAAAUAUGCAUUGGGGCUGCUCGUGGACUUGAGUACCUUCAUACUCCUGUUGAGACACAACUUAGAUUAUUGCACCGCGAUAUUAAAAGUUCAAAUAUCCUGUUAGAUGGAAACUGGAAUGCCAUGAUCUCAGAUUUUGGUCUCUCUAAAUUUGUCCCUGCAAACAAACAGUUCACGUAUAUUCUAUCCAACUGUGUAGGCACGGUUGGGUAUUGUGAUCCAGUAUAUGUAGAAUCGGGUUUGUUAACAAAAGAAUCGGAUGUUUAUUCACUCGGUGUCGUGUUGUUUGAGGUUCUAUGUGGGAGGUUGUCUAUGGGCUGUAACGAUGACAAGAGACGGCCUUUAGUGGGAUUAGUGAGAGAACGCUACGAAGAAAACAGAUUAGAUGAAAUUAUAUGUGAUAACAUAAAGAAAGAAAUACAUCCUGAUUCAUUGAAGGUGUUUGUACAAAUAGCUUAUCAGUGUUUAAAAAUUAAACGUGAAGAACGUCCAUCAAUAACAGAGAUCGUAGCAGCACUUGAAAAAGCUCUCGAAUAUCAAUGCUCAGAACCUCCAAUUCCCCCAAAUCCCCCGAAUCCCCCAAAGCCUCUAAGUGCUGGAAUUCUGAAGGUGAAAGUUCUUAGAGGAAAAAACCUGAAAAGAAAGGGUUUUCGUGAUUCUUUCAAUCCUUACGUUGUACUCAAACUUACCGAAAGUAGUCUUCCAUGUGUUAAGAAAACGACUGUGAAACACAACAAUGUGGAACCUGAAUGGAACGAAGAACUAACUUUAUGUGUGGAAAAUUUUGAUGUUCAGUCUCUAGAAAUAUGGGUUGGAAACGCAGUAUCGGUAGAUAGGCAUGAUAUAUUGAGGAUGGCGUUGAUGUCAUUGACAGACCUUACUCCUGAAACUCCAAAGGCUCGUGAUUUUUAUAUCUUUAAUCCGAGAUAUAAUAAUCGUGUUGUUGGCAUGCUAAAAGUCGAAGCUGUAUAUGUACCAAUCACAAAUGACCAAAUUUCAAUUGAAAAUGGGGUCUUGCAUGUACUACAAAAGGCUCCUCUAGGGACUCCUGUGGGUGGAGGAUUGCUUGUCGUAAUAAUCCAUGAAGGCAGAUUUGGACGAGAGAAUAUUUCAGUCUAUUUUCUUUUCCAGGGUGAAUCAAGGAAAAUGCCGGUUUGUCUUUAG